CGUGCCAUCUUUUGUCACGUAUCUAGCCAUCCAAAACACAGAAUCCAUGUUUAAUACACUACGCUUUCAUUCAAGUCUCAUUUCUUUGUACGGGGAGCGGAAAUCCCGUGUUGCCUAGCGCGCAGUUUUAAUUCGCUCUCCCCUCCCCAGGUGGUGUUACGUUGCUUCCGGUGGGCGGUGCUAGCUACGAUCUCUUCUUUUGUUGAGGCCGUGCAAGUGCGAGCGGAUUUUCUUAUCGACACCAGCACUGAGCGUAUUGCCGACCAGUAACACCGAACCGAGCAACAUGGAGACCGAGACCAAAUACUUACCCGAACUGAUGGCUGAGAAGGACAGCCUGGACCCAUCUUUCACGCACGCUAUGAGCCUCCUGGGCAAGGAAAUUGAAAGGCUGAAGAAGGGAGGUGAUGCCAAGAAAGAUGAAGAAGAUACUUAUCUGGACUUAUUUUCCCAUAAAAACAUGAAGUUAAAAGAGCGCAUUUUGAUACCAGUCAAGCUGUAUCCCAAGUUUAACUUUGUUGGAAAGAUCCUUGGACCACAGGGAAACACCAUCAAAAGGUUACAGGAGGAGACUGGAGCAAAAAUCUCUGUUCUUGGCAAGGGAUCAAUGAGAGAUAAGGCAAAGGAAGAAGAGCUGCGGAAAGGAGGGGACCCCAAAUACAGCCAUCUGAAUAUGGACCUUCAUGUGUUCAUAGAGGUCUUUGGACCACCAUGUGAAUCUUAUACACGUAUGGCACAUGCAAUGGAAGAAGUCAAGAAGUUCUUGGUUCCGCUGACACCUGAGUCUUUUUCAUACCAGGACAUGAUGGAUGAUAUCUGUCAGGAACAGUUUAUGGAGCUAUCUUAUCUUAAUGGAGCACCACCAGAGCAAAGCAGAGGUGGAACAAGAGGUGGACCAUCCAGGGGCAGAGGGGGUCCACCACCUGCUGCAGCUCCUUCUUCUAGAGGCAGGGCUGGGCCUCUUCGCCCUCUUGUUCCAAGAGGUGCCCCCGGACGUGGAGCCAUAUCGCGUGGUGCUAGUGUGAGCCGCCCUGUACCCCCUUCCUCUGCUAGCCGAGGUGCACCCGCUGGAAGAGCCCGUGGUGCUGCUAUCCAGAGAAUCUCUCUUCCACCUCCUGCACCUGAAACAUAUGAUGAAUAUGGUUAUGAAGACUCCUAUGCAGAGCCAAGCUAUGAAGGUUAUGAGGGAUAUUACAGUCAAAGCCAAGGAGAGACUGAAUAUUAUGAUUAUGGUCAUGGAGAGGGUCCUGAAUCGUAUGAGAGUUAUGGACAAGAUAAUUGGAAUGGAUCACGACCUUCACUUAAGGUUCCCUCUUCACGUCCUUUGAAGGGCGGUGCAUACAGAGAACAUCCUUAUGGGCGCUUUUGAACAUCUUUUCAUCCAAACCAUGUUUACCGAUGUCUUGUGUUCGGGACUUCCUGUUCCUUAACCCACAAUACACAAGUAAAUUCUCUGUGCUCUGUGACCUCCCUCAUAUAGCUCCCUUUUCCCAAAUUCCUUUGAAAGGACAAUUUUAAAAAAAAAAAUGGAGCAACUCUGAAAUAGGCAGACUUUUUUUUAAUAUUUAGAUCGUUUUACUUUGCGUUGUUAAAGAAACAAAAACUUUAAAAAAUACAAAAUGCUUUACAUGUAAAAUUUAGCUGCAUUAAAGGGUAGUUUUUCAAAGUGACUUCAAAACAAGUUUCUUUAAAUAAACAAAAGUAACUAUAGCUUUAGGUUCUUUGUCCUGAACUAAGCUGCAUUUCAAAAUCCCAUUACUUUGAGUAGUUAAAAUUGUAGCUGUAAUAUUGUAUGCUGUUUAAAACAAAAACUUUUGACUUUGUACUUAAAAUCCACUUUAUGUUAUUAAACCUUAUGGACAAAACUUGGUUAAUGUUGUCUUAAUUCACUUAUGCACAAAUAGGGAGGUAAGAUAAACAUUAAAAUCAAAGUAUAAACAUUUAGCUGCAGAAACUGUAUAUUAAAUAAUAGGCUGUGUCCGAGUAAAGGGAUGCUAUCAUCACAUUCCCCUGCAGUUACAUUUUGAAGCAAGGGUUUCAUAUAAGGCAUUUAAAAUAACCUUUUCAAUAUCCCUUUAUAUAGUUUUUACAUUCCACUGUUGUGUUCAGGCCUCCCUGUGUUUUGAUUUUAUGGAUGGUGAUGUUUGUCAUAAAGACUGUUAAAACUUCUCAAGAAAAGAGAACUUUUUGUGGCUGCAAGGAAUUGGUUAGUCACAAAUUACAGUAAACUCUGGAAGCAGAAAAAGUAAUUUUCUAAAUUAAAGAGAAUGUUUUCUUUCUUUUUUCAAACUAAGUCUGCUCAACAUUAUGGGUUUUCAGCCACAUUCAACUUUUUUAGUUUUGAUGAUAGUGUCCCUUUAACCUGCUCUACAGGUUAUAGGGUUCUGGUUACAAUAAAAAGGAUGUAAAAGAUCUGCUUGGAAAGUGAUUUGCACUUGAAAGUGCUGAUUUCCAGAAAUUUGAAACUACACCUCUUUGCCAGUUAUGUAAGAUUGUGUAAUUUAUAAGUUGUACAAUUAGGGAGUGGGGAAAAUGGGGUCUUACUUUUUGACACCUUUUGUGUGGUGUAUUUGGCAUUGGUGUUCCUGUGCUAAAUAUUUAUGUAAAAAAGUUUCUCUGAGCAAAGCUAGUAUUUCAUUCGGCAUAAGGUUUCUUUGCACAUUUCAGUAAAAUAGGCAAUACUCAACUGGGGAUAUUGACAUUUUCUGUGUACAGAAAUGUCUUGGUUUUAAACAUUCAUUGCUAUCUGGGAAAUUUUCUCCCCCAUUUGAGUACAUUAAUGAAUAAGAGUGAAAUAUUGUGGCUUUGCUUAAAUUUCAUGGCAGUUAAAAUAUAAAAUGCAUUUUAGAAUUGUGUGCAUAUAUAUAUAUAUAUAUAUAUAUAUAUAUAUAUAUAUAUAUAUAUAUAUAUAUAUAGGGCAAAAAUGACCUCUAUAUAGGUUAUUUAUAGGAAGUGUACAAACAACCUGCAUAAAUAGGUGAACUCUUUUAAUGUAUUUACAGACAUUUGUCAACGAAAAGUUUCUUUGCAUCUUAAUAAAGCAUAAAUGUGCUGUUUAUUCACUUCAUGAUAUCAAAUAAAUCUGUUUUUUCUAUUUCUCUUUUUAAAUGAUAAAUGUAACUUAUGUCACAGGGUAAAAAGCCUCCCUUCAGAUGCUCUUUUAAAUGGAUCUUCUGGUCUUUGUCCGGUUAAAAACCAAACAAAAAAGACAAAAACAAAUUUAAAUAUCCCUGCAAGGUGACAUUUUAUGCUCGUUUCAAAAUUGCAUCAAAAACUGCACCACCAAGUCAGCCUUCUAUUAUGCUUUGUUAGGGCCCCCUUUUGUUUUACUUUUUCCCUUUAGCAUAUGCCUGUUUUUGUUCUAGGGCAAGACAAUGGUACAAAAAAAAAUUGCCUUCAGCACUGCCAAAGUUAUAAAGAGAUGCGGUCGACCUUUCACCAGUUUGUAAAAAAAAAAAAUAUGCUUUCUGUCUAAAAUACCCAGAUGCAAAUUUUUUUAGCCCCUUCUAGGAUUUUUUGUUCUGGUAACUUAAUGGUGGGUGGUAACAUGGCAAAAGCUGCUAUGGAAGAUGAAAAAUACUAAUUAGAUGAGAAACCAAAGAGGAAAAAAAAGUUACUUGUAGUUUAAUUUGAUAAAGGCCGGAGAUUUCCCAGUGGGCUGUGGACAUCGUAGAAAUGGCAAGGUUCCUAAACCUUUAUAAAGAAAAGAAAAAUCACGCCAAGACACUCAGGAUCUGUAAAUCAUGCAUCGCAAACAAGGUAAAAGCAUUCCCUAAUACCACUCUCCACACGUUAAUGCAUCUAGAGAAAUCAUCUGUGCAGUUGAAUCACUGCUGACAGCAAUGAUGAAAUGCACCCGUUGGCUCGGCUGUGGAUUUUACAGCCCUGUCGGUACUGGUUAAACUGUGCAGGCCAUAAAUGGUAAACUUUAAAUGUCCAUAUAAACUGAAAGCAGACUGUGUAAUAUUUCAUGGCCAGAAAGCUUUAAAAGCCAGUCUAUAUAAAAUAGAUCAUUUGUAACAGUUUCCACUCUUAAUGUAAUUAUUAUAAAAAGGUUUCCAAGUUGCUUUAAUGCCUGUAAAUUAAGUCUGCAUUUUGCAAUAAAAUGAGGGAAAAAUCUGUUCAGUUAUUGGCAACUCUGUGCAACUUCUUGUUCACUCCUGACUUAUUUCAUUCCUUCCCCAUCUUUCACUUUCUUUUCCCUUGUUCUUGGGUGUGAUGAUUCUGUUUUGGAAGACUGUCCUGCUAAUUUUACAUAGAUUAUGUCUAUAAUUACAUAUAACUUACACAUUUUUCUUGCUUCACAGGCAAUGUAUGCGGGUCAUCUUGGAGAGUUUUACUCAGAAGCUAAGGAAUAAGUCCUGGGAUUCUGCAGCUUGUGACAAAAUUGAAAAAUGGAUGAUUGAAAAUCUGAUGGAGAAGCAAGCUUUGGCAUGGAGAGAUCUGGUUCAAGCCAUCUAAGGGUGUAACUUGAUAUAGCCAGAAAUGGCAACUUUGCCAAAGCAAACUGUGCUGCUGGGAUAUAUAUGAAUUAUCAUAGCCUGUACAGAGAUAUAGCAGUGCACUGAGACAGUGAAGAGAUUGCUGAAGGUGGUAACAUACAGAG